AUGUGUGCCCGUUUAGUUACAGAAAGCCGACCCCGCUCGCCGAUUACUGAAUUAGAGCGCUCAUCUAAGCGCGCAAGGACCCACAAAACUAGACAAAAAAAUCUUGAAGUUCUCGCUGGCAUUGCGCCUAGUGAUUACGCCACUUCUAAAUAUGCCGAACACAUCCCUGACAUAGCUAUUCACCAUCACAGACCCGCAAGCCUUACUAAUAUCUCAGUCAGGUUUUAUUGCGAAAUUUUCGAGAAAUUUCAAAAUCUAUUUGGCGAUGAUGUUGAUAUGCCUCCAGAUGCCAAAGAAACAUAUACACAGCUCGUGUGGGAACUAGCUGCUCAACUGUCAGAUCUCGAGUUUGUGGAAGCGAAGCGUGAAGAUAUUUUCAGAAGAUUCCUGGACUACCUUUUGGGUAAUCUCACUCCGGCAUUGGCGGCAGUAAAUUUCGUUGAUCAAUAUUUUAAGACGGAUGCCACGGUUUUCAAGACCAUUUCCGCCAUGCGGUUUCUAAUCCUCAAUCUGGAGGUGAAGACAGACUGGGGGACUCAGCAAAAUUCUUAUCUACAGAAUGUUGCAUAUUAUGUUAAGAUUCUGUCAGCACGUAUGAAGGAAUACGGAAAUUAUGCUAAAAAUACUUCUUUGCCAUCAUUCCUCCUCACUUUAGAUGGUUCACACCUCAUGAUCUGCGGUGCGGUCGUGGCUGAUUUCGUCUGCGUGGACAAACUCACUCCAUCAAUAUGA